AUGUUUAUUGGGUUUUUCUUUUUUUUUUUCAUUUUUCCCCCAACUCUUUUUCUUCUCAAACUCUAUAAGUAUCAGAUACUCAUGAAAAAUGCAGGCUUCUCUUCUUCGUCCUCCCAUCUCUCUCUAUUUCUCCUUUCCUACCAUUUUCCGGCGCAAUCGCCGGCUAUUUUCUGGAUAAUUCAUUUUAGGGUCUUUUUUUUUUGCUUUCUAGAGAUCUCUUCCUCUGAAGCUGGUUUUUGUUGAUUGAAGAGAAAGAAAUGGAUGGGGCUAAAGAGACGGGACUUAGAAAUGUGAGCUCAACUUGCUCAAUCUCGGAGUCAGAUGAUUAUGAUCUGUCACGCCUCCUUGAUAAGCCAAGGCUUAACAUUGAGAGACAAAGAUCAUUUGAUGAGAGAUCACUGGGUGAGCUCUCUAUUGGUCUCGCAAGAGGCGCUCAUGACAACUAUGAGACCACGCACUCGCCAGGUUGGAGGUCUGGUUUCAAUACUCCGGCCUCAUCGGCUAGAAACUCCUUUGAACCCCACCCCAUGGUGGCUGAUGCAUGGGAAGCUCUCAGGAGGUCUUUGGUGUAUUUCAAAGGCCAACCAGUUGGUACCAUUGCCGCAUAUGACCAUGCUUCCGAGGAAGUUUUGAACUAUGAUCAGGUUUUUGUUCGAGACUUUGUACCCAGUGCUCUAGCUUUUCUGAUGAAUGGAGAGCCUGAGAUAGUUAAGAACUUUCUCGUGAAGACCCUUCAUCUUCAAGGGUGGGAAAAACGAAUAGAUAGAUUCAAGCUAGGGGAAGGUGCAAUGCCAGCUAGCUUCAAAGUUCUUCAUGAUCCUGUGCGCAAAUCAGACACAAUUAUUGCAGAUUUUGGAGAGAGUGCCAUUGGUAGAGUUGCUCCAGUUGACUCUGGAUUCUGGUGGAUCAUUCUGCUCCGUGCAUAUACCAAAUCUACUGGGGAUUUAUCUUUAGCUGAGACACCUGAAUGUCAGAAAGGGAUGAGGCUCAUACUUACUCUUUGUCUAUCAGAAGGAUUUGAUACAUUCCCAACCCUACUUUGUGCUGAUGGAUGCUCUAUGAUUGAUCGAAGAAUGGGUAUUUAUGGUUAUCCUAUUGAAAUUCAAGCACUUUUCUUUAUGGCAUUGAGGUGUGCUUUAUCAAUGUUGAAACAUGAUGCUGAAGGCAAAGAAUGUAUUGAAAGAAUUGUGAAGCGUUUGCAUGCUUUGAGUUAUCACAUGCGGAGUUACUUCUGGCUUGACUUCCAACAACUAAAUGAUAUUUAUAGAUAUAAAACUGAGGAGUAUUCUCACACUGCAGUAAACAAGUUCAAUGUUAUUCCUGAUUCCAUCCCGGACUGGGUGUUUGAUUUUAUGCCAACACGAGGUGGCUACUUUAUUGGCAAUGUUAGUCCUGCAAGGAUGGAUUUCCGAUGGUUUUGUUUAGGUAAUUGUAUAGCAAUUCUAUCUUCUCUUGCAACUCCGGAGCAAUCAAUGGCUAUAAUGGACCUUAUUGAGGCCCGUUGGGAUGAGCUUGUUGGAGAAAUGCCUCUAAAAAUAGCUUAUCCUGCGAUAGAAAGUCAUGAAUGGCGAAUUGUAACUGGUUGUGACCCUAAGAACACGAGAUGGAGUUAUCACAAUGGAGGAUCUUGGCCAGUGCUUUUGUGGUUGCUGACAGCUGCUUGCAUCAAAACGGGAAGGCCACAAAUUGCAAGACGCGCAAUAGACCUUGCUGAGACACGCUUGUUGAAAGAUGGGUGGCCAGAAUAUUAUGACGGCAAACUCGGGAGAUAUGUCGGUAAACAGGCUAGGAAGUAUCAGACAUGGUCAAUAGCAGGAUAUUUAGUGGCAAAAAUGAUGAUGGAGGAUCCGUCGCACUUGGGGAUGAUUUCUUUGGAGGAGGACAAACAGAUGAAGCCAUUGAUAAAGAGAUCAUCUUCUUGGACUUGCUAAAAAAAGGAAAAAAAAAAAAGAAGAAAAAAACAGAAUUGGGAAAUGGAAAGAGACCAACUUCCGAAUUUUCAUUGUACCGGUACCAGUCUUGCUUCUUUUACGUUAUGUUUCCAAGUCAAGAAAAUAGUGACAAAAAAAAAGAAGUUAAUUUUGCAGCCAUAGCUGAUGGCUCAUGCAUUGUUUAUUUCCAUUACAAGUAUACAUUAAAAGGAACGGUAGCAGAUGCCAUAUCUAUACCCUAUUUGACUUAUCUGAAAAUAA